AUGAGGGACCCAACAACGAGCACGGUGCUGUAUAAGAUCCUGACGCCGCAGGAGAAGCAGGAUAUGCCAACUACCAACUGGGCGGGCACUGCGCUUGAUACCAAGGACGGCUUCAUUCACCUCUCCUCCGCAGACCAGCUUCCGGGUACACUCGAACGCUUCUUCAGCUCCAGCAGCGGCUGCGGUGACAGCCUCUACGUUUACUCGUUCAAGCGCUCCAGCGUCGACAGGCAGCGGGAGACUCCGAUCAAGCUGCAGUUUGACCCUGCGAUCGGGACGGUCUUUGGGCAUAUCUACGGUAACAUCGACCCUGAAGUCGACUUUUCGGGCCCGAUUGAGGUCAAGCGCUCGAGCUCUACAGGCUUGUUUGAGCUUCCACCUCUCGAGUUCUGA